UUUAAGUAAAUUAUGACAUUUCUCUGAACACGUUCCUUCAAAAAAUAUAAAUAAAUAAACAAUACGAUUUGCUAUGGAUUUCGCACGUAAAAUAUUGAACAAGUAUGGCUGGAAGGAAGGCGAUGGUUUGGGGAAGAAUAAUGAUGGCAUUGCAAAACCACUUAGGGCGAGUAUGAAAUUCGACAAUGCCGGUCUUGGUUCAGAUCAAGCAGCAAGUGAUUUCAAUAACCACUGGUGGGAGCGGGUUUUUAAUGAAGCUGCAGGCAAUGUAGACGUAAAGGCAAACGAGAAUGGCGUAAGUGUAGAAUUAAAAAAUAAAGAUGAUGGUGUAGAAAUCUCAACGAAAGGAUACUCACUUAAAAAAUUUAAGAAAGCCAAAAAGGAACGUAGCACAAAUGACAAUCGUUACGAUAACUUUCUACAAUCAGCUACACUUACGAAAUCUGGUGAUGAAAUUGAAAACCCCCACAAAAUUGCAGUUGCUGAUAUAUCGGUAACGCAAUAUAAAACUUUAACCGAUGAAGAACUAUUUCGUGCCUGCGGUGGGAGAACAGCACACAAAGGAGCAAGGCAUGGAUUAAAAUUAAGUGGCAAACUAUCUCGUAUAGAGCAACAGGAGCGGGAACUUUUAGCAAAAAUGGAGGCACAGAGAAAGAAAUCAGAUAAUAAAUCGAAUGAAAGUGGCAGUGACAACAAUAAGAAGAAACACAAGGAUACAAUUCACAAAGUUGAAUCGGAGGACAGAGUUGAUUAUCAUUGCUUUUCAGAAAGCAUUACAAAAUUGUCUAAAAAGAAGAAAAAUAAAGUCUUUGAUCCUGUUGAAGAAGAGUCAAAUAUUGGGGAAAAUCAUAAGCUGAAGAAAAGUAAAAGGAAGCUAAGUGAUGUGAAAUCCCAAGUACCUCUAGAUCUGAAUCCCAUAGACAAUCGAAAAAAGAAAAGAACAGAAACCAACUCGAUCCCCGAAGAAGAAAGCAGGAAAAAAUCUAAGAAAAAUAAAAACAAACAUAUGCAAAUUUCGGACUCAUCAGAAGAGAAUGCCAUGGAACACGGUUCUGAAUUAAGUGAGGAAAAGGGAAACAAUUUAAAAACAAAGAAAAAUAAAAAUAAGAGAAAACAAGAUGAGUCUAAUAUUAAUUUGAUGGCCAACGCGGAUACCGCCGAAGAACUAAGAACUGCAACUACUGAAAUGAAGAAAACGAAAAUUAUCGACAAAGAUGCAGAGAAAAAAACCAAAACAAAAAAAUUAAAAAACAACCUUACCUAA